GUUCAUUUGUUAAAAUACCAUUUUGGUUGUCGCUGGCCUUAAGUGGGCUUCCCAUUUCACAAAAAUACAUAAGCGGCUCAAAAGUGGUUCAUGGAAGAGUGACAAUAGUGAUGAAGAUAGUCAUACUAAUGCCACAGUUCAGUGCAUCAUAAACAUACUUAGAGACCCGAAUCUCACUGCAAAGAUAAAAGGCGAAUCUCUGUGUCUAAAACCAAGGGAAUCUGUGGGAGCAACAAUUUCAAAACAGUACCUGAAAUUGACAAGUGCCGAUGGAAGUGUGACAAUGGUCUCAGAACUGUUUAUCGUAGGGUUUACCAUCCCUUUGCUCCUACUCCCCCGUCAUCGCCUGUUAUGAAACGUUGUCUAACUGUGGCACGAAGCCAUGGGUGUUUUGGUGUCAUUUUCAAACAAAGCACAGUGGCUUCUCUGUUACGCGAUUGAAGUUUUCCAGGACACGCCCACAAUAAAGCUUUCCAUGACAAAAUUAAUGGAUGCCAUUGCUGCAUGUAGGGAAGAGACUAGAACUCUGGUAGCAUCCUUAGAGGGUCCUUGGCGCAAAAAUGAGCCAUAUUAUUGAAAAGACACUUGGAAAGUCAGCGGGGAGGUGAGAGACACACAUUAUCCUUAGAAACCAGAAGUUAUCGACAGAAUUCCUUUGUCAAAUGACACGGUUGGCUGUUGCAUCACAUCAGUGGAGUAAGAGUGAGAGAGCGAUUCCUAUCAAGUACACGCCAGUGGGUAUUUCGCUUUCUGGCUGGAUGAAACCACCGGUGUCAUGCAGAGGAUGAAUCAGCUCUUGGCAUCUGUUCAGGGAGGAGUGCUUGGCGCGAGGCUUUGUUUAUCCCCGAAAACCGGAGCGAUGAGGCGAAGAGGUCUUUCUUUUCGUGAGCCAUUAUGCAUGAACCUGGAAGGGUUAGUCAGGGGGCAGGACGACAAUGCACUGGUUUUAUGUUCAGAUAAGAAGGUGGUGGCUUUGUGAAGAAAGGAAGUUGCACCUAGAAGCCCAUCUGCAGGCUGCUCCAUUCACAGAGAAGCUGUGUAGGAAGCCACCCUCGGAGAGGCGGCCGGGAUGGCCGGCUCGGCCCGGGAGCACCUGCUCUUCGUGCGGCGGCGGAACCCCCAGAUGCGCUACACGCUGAGCCCCGAGAACCUGCAGAGCCUCGCCCAGGGCUCCCGGCCCGAGAACAUGGCCCUGCAGCGGGCCAACAGCGACACGGACCUGGUGACCUCCGAGAGCCGCUCCAGCCUGACGGCCAGCAUGUACGAGUACACGCUGGGCCGCGCCCAGAACCUCAUCAUCUUCUGGGACAUCAAGGAGGAGGUGGACCCCAGCGACUGGAUCGGGCUGUAUCACAUCGAUGAGAAUUCUCCAGCCAACUUCUGGGAUUCUAAAAACAGGGGUGUGACGGGGACACAGAAAGGGCAGAUUGUGUGGAGGAUUGAGCCCGGGCCCUAUUUCAUGGAACCGGAGAUAAAGAUCUGCUUUAAGUACUACCACGGCAUCAGCGGAGCCCUGCGCGCCACCACCCCCUGCAUCACCGUGAGGAACCCCGCUGUGAUGAUGGGGGCAGAAGGAGGUGCUUCUGGAAGCCCGCAUUCCCGGAAGCUCGUCAGCUUCACGCUGUCCGAUCUCAGAGCUGUCGGGCUAAAGAAAGGGAUGUUCUUCAACCCGGACCCUUACCUGAAGAUGUCCAUCCGGCCGGGGAAGAAGAGCAGCUUCCCCACCUGUGCCCACCACGGGCAGGAGCGGAGGUCCACCAUCAUCAGCAACACCACCAACCCCAUUUGGCACCGAGAGAAAUAUUCCUUUUUUGCACUUCUUACCGAUGUCUUAGAAAUUGAAAUUAAAGACAAAUUUGCCAAGAGCCGUCCUAUCAUCAAGCGUUUCCUGGGGAAGCUGACCAUCCCCGUGCAGCGGCUGCUGGAGCGCCAGGCCAUCGGCGACCAGAUGCUGAGCUACAACCUCGGCAGAAGGCUGCCCGCCGACCACGUGAGCGGGUACCUCCAGUUUAAAGUGGAGGUGACGUCCUCCCUGCAUGAAGAUGCCUCCCCGGAAGCCGUGGGCACCAUGCUCGGGGUCGGCUCUGUGAACGGAGACCUGGGCAGCCCUUCGGACGAGGAGGAGAUGGCCGGGGCCCACCCCGACGGCCCGGCCUGCUCCAACGGGCCCGUGUCCGAGGAGAGUGCCGAGGGGACUCCCAAGCACUCCUGCAGGACUAGCUCCACCCUGGACAUGGACGGGGAGGAUCUGACCUCCAUGUCCUCAAGGAACUCGCCGCCCCGCGGACGCCAGGACUCACUCAACGAUUACCUGGAUGCCGUGGAACACCACGGCCCCGCCAGGCCGGGCCCCGCGCCCUGCGCCGAGCGGCCCAGGGGGGCCUCUCCGAAGCUGAGGAGCAGCUUCCCCACCGACACAAGGCUCAGCGCCAUGCUCCACAUCGACUCCGACGAGGAGGACCACGAGCUGCAGCCCGGCCUGGGCUCCCCGUCGUCCCUGGAGGAGGAGGGGGGCCUGAUCAUGUUCGGCGGGCCAGCGAGGACUGACGACGGGAGCCUGUCCUCUCAGACGAAGCAGGAAGACGCCCCGCUGGAGACCGAGGAGGCCCCCACGCACGAUGCCGCUUCCUUGGAGGGGAAGCCGGAGGGUCUCCCCGAGGAGCUGGCCGAGGGCUCCUCCCCAGCAGGCCCCGCCCCAGGGGACAGCGAAGAGGGUCCAGAGUCUCCAGCCGGCGCCGACCAGGACCAGGACCAGGACCAGGACCAGGACCAGGACCAGGACCAGGAUGGCACUGAGCCCUGUGGCUCCCAAGAGGUGGACCCGCCCACGAGUGGGGCAGACACGGGCACCCCGGACACGUCGGGAGGGAGCCGGAGGGCCACCAGUGAGACCGAGUCCCUUGACCAGGGCUCGGAGCCCUCCCAGGUGUCCUCCGAGACGGAACCCAGCGACCCCGCCCGGACCGAGAGCGUGAGCGAGGCCAGCACCAGGCCCGAGGGCGAGAGCGACCUGGACGGCGCGGACAGCUCCUGCAACGAGAGCGUCACCACGCAGCUGUCCUCGGUGGAGACGCGGUGCUCCUCUCUCGAGAGUGCCCGGUUCCCGGAGACCCCGGCCUUCUCUUCCCAGGAGGAGGAGGAGGACAGGGCCUGUGCGGGGGAGCCCCCCAGCGGCGGCCCCGCCCGGGGGGCGCAGGAGGCCACGUGCGCCCCUGGGUCCCUGCCCGCGGUGCACAUGCCCAGCGCCGAGGAGGAGGGGCCCGGGGCAGAGGCGGCCACCUUCCCUGACCAGGACGAGGGCGGGGAGGUCUGGCAGCGGAGGGGCAGCCUCGAGGGAGCGGCGGCCACUGUGGAGAGCCAGCCCCAGGAAGAGGGUGACGCCGGCAGCGAUGCCCAGGCAGCUGGUGAAGGGGCCGCUGCCCAGGAGGAGGGCGCCACUGGAGGUUCUCAGGCCAACGGCCACCAGCCACUGCGCUCACUGCCUUCCGUGCGCCAGGAUGUCAGCCGGUACCAGCGGGUGGACGAGGCUCUCCCACCAAACUGGGAGGCGCGCAUCGACAGCCACGGCAGGAUCUUCUACGUGGACCACGUGAACAGGACCACGACGUGGCAGCGGCCCACGGCUCCCCCCGCCCCGCAGGUGCUGCAGAGGUCCAACUCCAUCCAGCAGAUGGAGCAGCUGAACCGCAGGUAUCAGAGCAUCCGCAGAACCAUGACGAACGAGAGGCCAGAGGAAAACACCACCGCCAUCGAUGGGGCCGGGGAGGAGGCCGACUUCCACCAAGCCAGCGCAGACUUCCGCCGGGAGAACGUCCUGCCGCACUCUACCUCCAGAUCCAGGCUCACGUUGCUGUUACAGUCUCCCCCCGUGAAGUUCCUCAUCAGCCCCGAGUUCUUCACCGUGCUACACUCGAACCCCAGUGCCUACCGCAUGUUUACAAACAACACGUGUUUGAAGCACAUGAUCACCAAAGUCCGGCGGGACACCCACCACUUUGAACGCUACCAGCACAACCGGGACCUUGUGGGAUUUCUCAACAUGUUCGCCAACAAACAGCUGGAGCUGCCCAGGGGCUGGGAAAUGAAACACGACCAUCAGGGCAAGGCGUUCUUUGUUGAUCACAACUCCCGGACCACCACGUUCAUCGACCCCCGGCUCCCCCUGCAGAGCGGCCGGCCCACGAGUGCGCUGGUGCACCGGCAGCACCUGACCCGGCAGCGCAGCCACAGCGCGGGCGAGGUAGGAGAGGAUUCGCGACACUCGGGGCCGCCCGUCCUUCCCAGGCCGUCCAGCACGUUCAACACCGUCAGCAGGCCGCAGUACCAGGACAUGGUUCCAGUGGCUUAUAAUGACAAGAUCGUUGCAUUUCUGCGCCAACCCAAUAUCUUUGAAAUUCUGCAGGAACGUCAGCCUGAUCUCACCAGGAACCACUCACUCAGGGAGAAGAUCCAAUUUAUUCGAACGGAAGGGACCCCAGGAUUGGUGCGUCUUUCCAGUGAUGCAGACCUUGUGAUGUUGCUGAGUUUAUUUGAAGAAGAGAUAAUGUCUUAUGUGCCUCCACAUGCCUUACUUCACCCCAGCUACUGUCAGUCCCCGCGCGGCUCCCCUGUGUCCUCUCCCCAGAACUCGCCAGGUACGCAGCGUGCCAAUGCCCGGGCACCAGCCCCUUACAAGCGAGACUUUGAAGCCAAGCUGAGGAACUUUUACAGGAAGUUGGAGACUAAAGGAUAUGGACAAGGCCCAGGGAAAUUAAAGUUAAUCAUCAGAAGAGAUCACUUACUCGAAGAUGCUUUUAAUCAGAUCAUGGGCUACUCCCGGAAAGACCUGCAGAGAAAUAAGCUGUACGUCACCUUCGUCGGGGAGGAAGGGCUGGAUUACAGCGGACCUUCCAGAGAGUUCUUCUUCCUGGUGUCCAGAGAACUCUUCAACCCAUAUUACGGCUUAUUCGAAUAUUCGGCCAAUGACACAUACACAGUGCAGAUAAGUCCCAUGUCCGCUUUUGUGGACAAUCACCAUGAAUGGUUCCGGUUCAGCGGCAGGAUCCUGGGCCUGGCGCUCAUACACCAGUACUUGCUGGAUGCCUUCUUCACGCGGCCCUUUUACAAGGCUCUCCUCAGAAUUCUGUGUGACCUGAGUGACCUCGAGUACCUGGAUGAAGAGUUCCACCAGAGCCUGCAGUGGAUGAAGGACAACGACAUCCAUGACAUCCUGGACCUCACCUUCACUGUGAACGAAGAAGUCUUCGGGCAGAUCACGGAGCGCGAGCUGAAGCCCGGGGGUGCCAACAUCCCGGUCACGGAGAAGAACAAGAAGGAGUACAUCGAGAGGAUGGUGAAGUGGCGGAUCGAGCGCGGCGUGGUGCAGCAGACGGAGAGCUUGGUGCGCGGCUUCUAUGAGGUGGUGGAUGCCAGGCUGGUCUCUGUGUUCGAUGCGAGGGAACUAGAGCUGGUCAUCGCGGGCACCGCCGAAAUAGACCUGAGUGACUGGAGAAACAACACUGAGUACAGAGGAGGGUACCACGACAAUCACAUUGUAAUUCGUUGGUUCUGGGCUGCGGUGGAGAGAUUCAACAAUGAACAACGACUGCGGUUGUUACAGUUUGUGACGGGCACGUCCAGCAUUCCCUACGAAGGCUUCGCUUCUCUCCGAGGAAGCAAUGGCCCCAGAAGGUUCUGUGUGGAAAAGUGGGGGAAAAUCACCGCGCUUCCCAGUGCAGAGAGCGUGGUUGCCGACAAAGUGAGCUGCCGGCUGGGACAUGGGAAACUGACUGAGGAGCCUGUAAUAUGGCGCCACUUUCUUCAGUUAAAAGUGUCUCAGAACAAGAGGUGGGCACUGGAAGGACCCCUUGGUGCCCCGUCUUUUCUGUAUUUGCCUUGAGGCACCUCCCCGGGGGCUCCCCAGUCCUCACCACCUGCUGGUCAGCUGAGGUGCCUUGUGGUCUGAGUGAAAAUCGGCAGGAGAUUCUCAGAUACAGUCAGUUCCGAAGUUUAAUCUCUGACGUGAGGUCCUCUUCGACUCCUGUCUCCUCGUCCCUCUCAUUCCGUUCUUAUUGUCGGACAAGAAUAUUUUAGGUUUUUACUUUAUUCUGUGUGCUAGCAAAAAGGUGUCUGCGAUGUCUAGUAAUAGCACGUCAUUAACCAUCCUCAGGUGCCCUGUACCUUUUGGACUGGUCUUUACUUUGGGAAGCGGGUAACAUGGUCACAAAAACAUACUGUGUCUGAAAAGGGACUCUUCGGCCAUUCAUGUAAAAAGUGAACUAAUUUGUGGUUAUGUAACGGAAUGAAAGAAAUCUGAAUUGCUGCGAGACUCAGAGAGUAGGACAAUUCAUGUCAAGAGGACGAGUGGCCUUUGGGGGCUGUCCCACAAGUCAUCCUUUCAAGUGUACAUUUGUGAGGGACAGACAGGACAGCUCUUAAGGAGUGGUGACCCCCCUUUCCUUGGCUCAAGGGCAAAAUCUAGGUUGGGUUCAUCUCUUCCCACCACCCCCGUCCAUGCCUCAGCACCUCUCACCUGGACCAUGCAGCACCUGCUGCCUAAACGUCGCUUCUGUUCGUGCCUCCUGUGUUCCUUCUGCGCUCAGCAGAGUGAUGUGAAGUCUCAAGGUCACUCUCUCCCCUGCUUACACCUUCCAGACUCCUCGCUAAAGAUUACCGCCUGGUAGGCGGCCUGGUCUGGCCUACACUCCAGCCUCAAUAUAUAUGCUCUCCCUCCGCCCGCGACAGACAGCAGCCUCUUUCAGAAUGUGCCAAACUCGAUUCUUCCCCAAGACUUGAACUUGAUGCAUGAACUCUUCCUGCCGGUUCUUUACUGGCAGCUCUUUCUCAUCCCCAAGGUCUCAGCUCGGACACGAUCUGCUCAGAGAGGUCCUUCAGGCUCCUGCCCCAAGAGCACCUGUCGCUCUGCCACACCUCGUGCCUUCAGAGGACCUACCCAAUCCAGUCAUUGUGUUCAGUGAUUGGUGUACCGUGGACGGUCUAUUCCCCCGCUAGGAUAGAACGCUAUGAGAUCAAGGGCCUUGUCUGAAUGGAACGUGGCUUUGCCCCCAGGGCAUAGUCCUAGCAAAUAAUUGGCACUCUGUGAAUAUUGUUUUCCUUAAAUGAUUGAAUGUUUAAACUGGCGGUGACUCUGGACCACUCCAGACAAGACGUGCCACAGUCGCUUUGUGUCUCUCUGUCCUCAUCUGAACCAUUGGGAGAGAUACUAGUCACAUCACAAAAUUAUUUUAAAGAUAAAAUGAGAUCACACAUGCAAAGUGUGUAAAAUGACGCCUAACGCAUCCUGCAAUAAACGUAGCCCGUAUUGUUACCGUUCCUAAUCCCUAACCUUCAGAGCUGGCGUGGCAUUCCACAACCUUUGGGUGUGUAAACAAUGUGCUGUCUGCCCCCGGGGUGUUUCUGUUUCGUUGGGACUUCCAGGGGUGCUCAGCCUGGAACAGCUCCUUACCGGGGCUGCUUCUAUUGCUUUAAUUUCUUACGGUUAAAAAGUAUAUACUCUUCAUCUUUCCCAGGACCACCCACAGGUGAAGAAGCUACCUGCUUAUAAGAAAUUA